AUGGCUUCGAGGCUCCUCGAUCCGCCUGAGCCCCGUGUCCAACAGUUCGGCGAACGGGCGUUGCGCCUACUCUGGUUAGAGUCUCCCUCCCUUGGGAGCAGGGGUGAACGAGAAGGGUUUGCGAGCGUCGCAACAUCAUCGUCCGGAGCCUCGCAGGUCGGCGGACGAGCCUCCACGGCACCGUCAGAGCCUUCACAGGACGCAGGGGAGAUGAACAGAGCCGAGGGGAUUUUCGGGUCGAGACGAUCCGCAGCCCACCAGCGUGCGGGAGGAACACGGCGAAGCGGAGAGGCGGAUGCAGGCGCUGCACAACCAGGGACUCGCGAGAUCCUUGGGGGCUCUGGUGAUUGA